CAAGACGGAGGAGGUGAGGGUAAGCCCCGCCCACCAGGUGUGGACGCAAGAGUGAGUCACAGCAGGUCUCGGGAGAACGACAUUUCCCAGUUGGAGUAAAGUCUAAACACUUUUUUUGACAUAAGGAAUUCUGCAUGUUUGUUUAUCCUAUGUUUCGAAUGUGGUCUGCGUUUUUGCUGAUGACAGGGAUACAAUGUGUCUGCGGGAUAGAUAUUUACACUCCAGGUGAAGUGGAAGCAGUCAAUGGGACCAAUGUGAAACUGAAGUGCACUUUCAGCUCCAGUCACCCAGUGACGCCACAGACGGCCAUUGUGACAUGGAACUUCCGUCCUAUUCACUCAGGAACGGAUGAGUCGGUGUUUUAUUACCAGGAGGUACCAUACCCUCCCCAGAGUGGGCGAUUUAAAGGACAUGCUGUGUGGUCAGGGGAUAUUACAAAUCGGGAUGCCUCCAUCACCCUGCAUGAAGUGCCUCCAACUUUUAAUGGUACCUUCAUCUGCCAGGUGCGCAACCGUCCGGAUGUGCACGGUGUAAAUGGAGAAAUCAACCUUAAAGUUGUGAACAAAGUUUCCCUGUCAGAGAUCAGCAUCCUGGCACUCAUUGUUGGAAUUUCCUGUGGAGUAAUCCUGAUCCUCCUCGGUUGUGUCGUAGCACUGAGACUCUACAAGAAAAAAUGCACGGGGAACAACAUAGAGCUGGGUCCUCAAGACCAUGAUUGGGACAACCCAACCGUGUGUGCAUUUGAAGAGGCUGUUGCUCUGAAAGUUGUGAAGGGGAAAAAGGAAGCAGAUAGUUCAGAUGAUGAAGAAUCAGAGCCCAGUAGUGGAGAUGAUGAUGAAGAGGAGGAUGAUGGUGAGGACGACGACGAUGAUGAUGAUGACGAUGGCGAUGAAGAUGAUGGUAGUGAUUAAGAUCAUGAUUAAGACGAUGACGUCGUCUCAUUGUCAAGAUAAUACAAUAAUAAUGUUUAAGGAUCUGGAAGUCCUUUCAUCAGAAGAACACAAACAGACAAGUGCAGCAUUUUAAAAUGAUGCUUCCUGCCAAGCAGAGAACCUUCUUUCCUACCAGUUUCCUUUAGCUUUUGGACAAUGUGUUUGAGCGUGUUUCAUUCAGUCAUUUACAGUGUCCUGUCUUAUUAUAAUAGGUCGUUCCACCUCAGCUCAAAGCCUUUCUACACCGUAUUCAAUAUAUUGGUGACCAAUAUAUUGAAUACGGUGUAGAAAGGAAAUUUAAUUUGUAAAGGUUGGCUCUUCAUAAGUGACACACCUAUGAUUGACAGAGUUAAUGAAGUCAUUGCAGCAGCUCUGUGACCACCUGCCACACUCACAGUGCAGUUUGUGGUGACCUGUAGUUAAACUAACUUUGUACUGUAGCUGCUUUAUUGAGCUGAAAAGUCCACAUGCUAGGGUUCCUUUAAAUGUACACCUUUUUAACCUUUUCUGUUGUGUAUUUGCAUUGUGAAAGGCCUUAAAAUAGGUAUCUGUGUACAUUUUUUUUUUAAACUGUGUGGGUCCUAUUUAUUAAAGACUAUGGACAUGACAUUAGUCUGACACUUGUCAUGUCAAGUUUUGAAAAUUGAUAUUUUGCAACAAGGGUUUUUUAAUAGUAUUGGUUUUCAGUGGCCAAACUCCAUCCAUAUCCACUGUUUCUGUUUUAAUGAGACAAUGAUCUAAUGAGACAAAGUUUACAUGCAGGCUAUGGUAAUGAACAACGUGAGCCUUGUCUGAUGUAAACGUUUGUGUUAUUUGUGUAUUACAGCUGUAAUUUGUGUUUUUGUUUUUUUAUUGAGCUGCUGAUGAAAUGUUUUCUCUGCAGCACGAACAUGUUUUCAUUUUUCAUGCAAAGUUCAUAAUGAUAAGCUUCUUGGUGAUGUCUAAUUAAGGGGUGUAAGUAACGUAAAGCAAUGUAUUUUAAUGUGCAAUGGUAUCUAGUUUUAUAUUUAGAAUUUGUACAUGGUGUUAAAUAAACAUUUUUAACUAAAAUGCA